GUUCCAGAGGUAGUUACUGUUAAUAAUUACUUGUAUAAUUUCUGGAAAUGUUUUAUACUCUUUGGGUUUUAUAUAAAUUCGAUCAUACUGCAAUACUACUGAGGAACCUGCAUUUUCUCCUUAGUAACACAUCUUGGAAAUUUCUCCCUGCCCCUGCCUACAGAUCUACCCCCUUCUUUUUGAGGGCUGCAUUGUAGUCCCUUGCAUGUAGGGCCAUUCUUUAUGUAACUAGUCCCCCUUUGCUUAGCAUUCUAAUUGCUUCUGAUUCUUGCUAUCAUGAACAACUGCCACAGUAAACUUCUUUGCACCCAGAGCUUUGGUUGUUGCUACAAAUAAACCCACAGGAUAAAUUCCUAGGAGAGUAGCUGCUGAGUCAAUUUAAUUGGUCAACUGUAAGAGACAGUGUCAACUCACUUCCAAAGAGACUGCAACAACUGACACUUUCUUCCCACCCCCAGUAAAUGAGAAUGUGUGUGUCCUGCAUUUUCACCAGCUCCAGGUAUUAUCAAACUUUAUAAUUUAUUAAGUAAACUGUUACUUAAAAAAAGAGAGUAAUACCACACAUAUGUGGAAUAGCCAAUACGUAUUAAAUGAUCUCAUCUGCAGAGAUGAAUGCUCACAAUCACCUUGAAUAGAGGGCAGGGAAUUGCAGGGAGUCAGACCAGGCUCUGAACAUCAGCUCCACUCUUUAUUAUCCCUGUGACCUGAGACGGGUUCAUUAAGCUUUUCUGUCUACAGACUGGCGAUAUUAAUUGAAAUAAAGCAUGAGAUAGCUCCUAGAACCACAGUAUGGAACCCAGUAAACAUUCAUGAUUAUUACAAAACAAACCAGAAUGUCAGAGUCCCUGGCACGUUUGAGAAUGAAUCUGGUAGUAACAGAGAACUGGUUUUUAUUUCCCCAUCCUUCCUGCUACUUCCCGCUAGGUUGCUUAACUUCCUACUACUUCCCGCUAGGUCGCUUAAUGUCUUUAAAUUUUCUUGUGUAUAAGAUGUCAAUUUAGAUCCUGCCUAUUAACUUACUGAUCCAGACUGGCAGGGUUGAGGCACAACCACAGGGCAUUUUUCACUCCCUGGAAGAUGCAGGCAGCAUCACAGCAACAGAAGACAGGCGGCAUCUCACUCAGGUCUAUGUCUGUCACUGAGGCAGUGGGAGAAGUUUGGGGUCAGAUCCAUUUAACUGCAGUCCUGCUUCUGCCCCUUGAGAGCCAGGUGACAUGGGGCAAAUUCUUAUAGCCACCAAGCCUCAGUUUCCUCAAUUCUAAAACAUGGGAUCACAGUAGCCACAUCAUGGCAUUGUUGUGAGUAUGAGGUAAGUAAUAGUCUAUGAAAGCAUUCAGCAGCUGACUCUGGUGAAAUGUUCAAUAUAUUCAUAGAUAUUUGAAGCCUCACUGCCUGGUAUGUCAGGAGGGACAAGAUGCUUCUGCAGAGUGGAAUAGAGGUGUUACCAGCCCUCCUCUCCCAGGCACCCUCCUCAUUUGUCAAGUCAGGUGACCCCCACACCCUUUCCCUCACUUAAGUAAAUGUAAAAUACACCCUGGUGUGGUGGGGCUGGUAAGGGUACAGGGCAGACAGAACCUAGACUGCUGUGGUUUCUUAAAUGGCUGCAACUCCAGCCAAGGAUCUUUCUCAUUCUUCCUGGAAAGGAGGGAAAAGACCUCAAUUUAAUAAAUAUUUAUCAUUGGAAUUUCUUAAUACACUUAAUGUUUGGCUUGUAAAAUAGAAAGCCUUGUUCAUUGUUAUCCCAGAUAACAUUUUGAGGAGAUGUAAGGUAGCACAAGAACUAGCUUUAGGUUUUUGCUGUUCCCUUCUCCCUUCACAUCUGCUUCGACUCAAAUUUCAGUUCUUACAUAACACAUAUAUUGCAAAUAUUAAGCUGUAAUCAUGGAAAUUGGGUUUCCGAAAAACACCUUGUGAAUUUUUUUUUUUUUCCACUUGGGGGAGAAAAUUUCAACUUAGAGAAAGGAUGCGAGAAAAGCCUAAUGAAUACCCAAGAUUUACCCAGUGUUAUUAUUUUGUCACAAAAGCUAAUACAUUAUGUUUGAGAUUUAGAAAGCUGCAUUCUUAUAAUACGAAUUUCCUCCCUCCCUCCCUCUCAUCUUCUGUCUUCCUUCCCUCUCUUCCUUUCUUCAUUUUUCUGUCAGUAAAAAUGUUAUGGGGAUGGAUUAAAUUACAUCAAUAUUGUGACUUCUAGGCAUUCAGCUUCCUGGAGUUUGAGAUCUGUUGUUCUAUUUGGCUACAAGGCUGGAAUAGAAGGAAUCAUGUUUGUGAUAACUGCCAGAUUGAAUAUCUCCUGCACCAAGUAUGCACGAUAUAUUAUCUCUAAUCCUAACAGUGACUGUGCAAAUCAGGGUCUCAUCACUGCCAAUUUACAUAUUUGGUAACUGACACUCAGAGAGAUUGAGUCACUCAGCCUCUCUGGUAAACACUGAUCUGUCUUUUUGACUACAAAGCUUUUUUUCACAAAGGUUUUGGGGGAUCUUCCGAGGGAUAUCUUAAUGCAAAUAUAUGGAAAGUUUUAGUUUCUAGGAGAGUUGCUAUGUUAAUUUCAGGUAAUUUCCUUCAACCAAGGAGGUAGAGGGGCAAAGGAAGAGGGAUUUUUAUGGAAACCGCAGUCAGGAUUUUAGUGACAGAAUCUAAAGAUGAACUAACCAACUCCGAGCCGGAGAAAACUCUUUUCCAGAUGGCCUCUUACUAGCCAUCUAUGGUAGAACAAUUCACCUUGACUUAUUUGUGAAAUGAAGGAAAUUAGUACCUUUGUACCUAUUUUGUGUGUGUGUGUAUGGUGAGACUCAAUUUUGCGAGUUGUGAGUAUUUUUAGGAAUAAAAGAAAUGGAUGUGUCAUUUUAUCUGUUAAUGGGAAGGAGGGAAAGAGAGGGAAAAAAGAAAGGGAGAGAGUUGCAGGGCAUUUUAUCUAUAGGAGAGAGGGAGGGUGAAAGAUUUAGGCAGGACGACAAAUAAAAAGAGGCUUAGUUUCCUGAGACUGUCGGGGAAGUUGACAGAAACUUACACUCAAGGGAAAGAAGAAAGCUCUCUCAGAGAAUUCAAGUAGUUGCCAGGUCCGGUGAACCCAUGUCCAGAAUUUUCCUCCGCAUGGCUGCAGGAGGAGGACGGGUUAGCUUGAGACCCUCAACAAACUUCUUUCCAGGCUGUGGGGCACCCUGGCGUGCGCUCUGGCUUCCAAGGCACCCAAGUUGUCCCCCGCUUCCCCGGGGCUGCCCGGAUCAGGAUUUAGAAAGCCGUGCGCCCCACGGACGGUAAGGAUCUCCAAGUUAACAAUUCUCUGAGGUCUUUGACCAGCUUCUUCUGAAUGUUUCUGCGGCACUAGGUGCCCACCCGCGCGCCAGGGCAUUAUACAGCACCUUGUGGGGUGGCUCCUCAGCGUGGGGUGCCCGCGUCCACAGCUGUGAACCAGUAUGUGCAGGUGAACCCCCGCACAGUGGCUCCCGGGCAGCCAACAGAGCUUCAGAGGCGGUGAUCUUGGUGAUGCGAUGUCGGCUCCCUUUCAUCAUUUACAUUUCUACUGCUAUUUGGCCAAUAAAUAACAAGAAUAAAACGUAUACGUAUUUUUGUCUUCGCGCUCUCGGGAUCGUGGCAGGUCUUUUAGAGAAGAGGAGAAAUAAAUGAAGAGAAACCACGGCGGUCCUAGCGGCUGCUCUGGGGACCCCUGAAACCAGUAGCUUAGAUGACCGGACCCUUGGGCCCGGUCAUCUAAAACCAGGGGUUACAAGUCCCACCGACCCGGGAGAGAGACGUCCAGGCUUCUCCCUCGCGGGGUCGGGCCCCUCAGCCAAGAGUGGCGCUGGCCGGGCUCCAGACGCGGGAAGGUGCCAAGCCCAGCGCACUUCGCUCUGGCGAUGCGCGCGGACGCCCGGGGCGCGCUCGAUCCGCCCUGCUUGGCUGGAGCGCGCGAGGCGGCGCGCGCCGUCCCCGGGGACAGCCGGGAGGCCGACCGGCUAGCUGGAGAGGCGAGAGCUCGGCGUCCGGCGGCGGGCUGGCGUGCUUCUAGCCGCCUCACGCGGUUGCACUGCGCUGCGGGGCGCCGGGCCCCGGACUCUGAGGGUGCGCGGUGACGGGUGGCACACACCGUGCCCGGGAGCGGCGGGCAUAGCUCCCCGGACCACCCGCGCGCCAAGCGGCUCCAGACGGCCGGGAGACGCCCCCUGGCCCCCACCCCAGAGUGGCCCGGACGGGCGAGCAGGACCCGCGGGAGGAGGAGGAGGCGGCGCCGCCGGGACUGCCUCCCCCCCCCCCCCUCGCGUCUCCUCCCCGCGCCACCGGGAAGGACAAGGGGACUGGGCACGGGGACCCCGGCCAGUGAGCGCCCGUGCCCCGGGGCCGCCCCUCGCGCGCUCUCUCCCGCCGCGAGCCCGGGCCGGUCUCGCCUCGCAUGGUGCUGGCCGCAGCCAUGAGCCAGGACGCUGAGCCCAGCGGCCCCGAGCAACCGGACAGAGAUGCCCGCAGCGUGCCCGGUGCCCCGGCGCCCCCGGCGCCCCCAGGCCCACGAGGGAUGCAGCCGCCGCCACCACCGCCGCCGCCGCCGCCGCCUCCGCCCCAAGCCGGCCUACCCCAGAUCAUCCAAAAUGCUGCCAAGCUCCUGGACAAGACCCCGUUCUCUGUCAGUAACCCGAACCCGCUGCUUCCUUCGCCUGCUAGCCUCCAACUGGCUCAGCUGCAAGCUCAGCUCACCCUCCACCGGCUGAAGCUGGCACAGACGGCUGUCACCAACAACACCGCGGCCGCCACGGUCCUGAACCAGGUCCUCUCCAAAGUGGCCAUGUCCCAGCCUCUCUUCAACCAGCUGAGGCAUCCGUCCAUGAUCAGCCCCCACGGCCACACGGGGGUGCCCCACGCCACGACCGUGCCCAGCACCCGGUUUCCCUCUAAUGCCAUCACCUUCUCAGCUGGGCAGACACGAGGCCCAGGGCCCUCAGUGAACCUUCCCAGCCAGCCCCAUACCAUGGUGAUGCACCCUUUCAGUGGGGUCAUGCCCCAGACCCCUGCCCAGCCAGCGGUCAUCCUGGGCAUUGGCAAGACAGGGCCCGCCCCUGCUGCAGCGGGCUUCUAUGAGUAUGGCAAAGCCACCUCGGGCCAGGCAUAUGGCUCUGAAACUGACAGUCAGCCCAGCUUCCUGCCAGCCUCGGCCUCUACCUCGGGCAGCGUGACCUAUGAAGGGCACUACAGCCACUCAGGGCAAGACAGCCAAGCUGCCUCCAAGGACUUCUACGGACCCACCUCCCAAGGGUCACAGGUGGCUGGCACCUUUGCGGCCGACACGGCCGGGGGCUUGAAAGGCGAGGUAGGUCCACUGCUGCAGGGUCCAAACAGCCAGUGGGAGAGCCCCCACGGAUUCUCUGGUCAAAGCAAGCCUGAUCUUACAGCAGCCCCCAACCUGUGGCCUCCACACCCUAGCCAGCCCUAUGAGCUCUAUGACCCCGAGGAGCCCACCCCAGACAGGACCCCUCCUUCUGGGGGUCGGCUCAACCACAGCAAACAGGGUUUCAGUGGAGCCCGGCGGCGGGCCAAGGAGGAGCAGGCGGUGCUGUCCAUGCGGCCCCUGCAGGUGCAGGAGCUGAAUGACUUUCACGGUGUGGCCCCCCUCCACCUGCCGCACAUCUGUAGCAUCUGCGACAAGAAGGUGUUUGAUCUGAAGGACUGGGAGCUGCACGUAAAAGGGAAGCUACACGCUCAGAAAUGCCUGCUCUUCUCUGAAAACACUGGUGUCCGGUGUGUACUUGGUCCAGCUGAAGGGACACUGUGUGCCUCCCCCAACAGCACAGCGGUUUAUAACCCUGCUGGGAACGAAGAUUAUGCCUCAAAUCUUGGAACCUCAUAUGCAGCCCUUCCUGCGAGGACUUUUACUCAGUCAAAUCCCGCAUUCCCUUCUGCGUCCCCAGGGAUGAAUUUUGUACAGCGGAAACCGGGUGCUGGCCGCGUGGUACACAUCUGCAAUCUGCCCGAGGGAAGCUGCACUGAGAAUGACGUCAUUAACCUGGGGCUGCCCUUUGGGAAGGUCACUAAUUACAUCCUCAUGAAGUCCACUAAUCAGGCCUUUUUAGAGAUGGCUUACACAGAGGCUGCCCAGGCCAUGGUCCAGUAUUACCAAGAAAAAUCUGCAAUGAUCAAUGGCGAGAAGUUGCUCAUUCGGAUGUCCAAGAGAUACAAGGAAUUGCAGCUGAAGAAACCUGGGAAAACUGUGGCUGCCAUCAUCCAGGACAUCCAUUCCCAGAGGGAGAGAGACAUGUUCCGGGAAGCAGACAGAUACGGCCCAGAAAGGCCACGAUCUCGAAGUCCAGUGAGCCGGUCACUGUCCCCGAGGUCCCACACUCCGAGCUUCACCUCCUGCAGUUCUUCCCACAGCCCCCCGGGCCCCUCCCCUGACUGGGGCAACGGCCGGGACUCGUGGGAGCACUCUCCCUACGCCAGGAGAGAGGAGGAACGAGGCCCGGCACCUUGGAGGGAGAACGGGGAGGACAAGAGGGACAGGACAGACAUGUGGGCACAUGACCGCAAACACUACCCCCGGCAAGUGGACAAAACUGAGUUAGACGAGCGCCUGGAAGGAGGGAGGGGCUAUCGAGAAAAGCACCCAAGGUCUGGGUCCCCCAGCUCGCUCCACUCUGUGUCGGGCUACAAAAGCCGAGAGGAUGGCUACUACCGGAAGGAGCCCAAGGGCAAAUCGGACAAGUAUCUAAAGCAGCAGCAGGAAGCCCCUGGGAGGUCCAGGAGGAAAGACGAGGCCAGGCUGCGGGAUGGCAGACACCCCUACCCCGACGACUCGGGCAAGGAGGAUGGGCUGGAGGCCAAGGGCACCAAGUCUAAGCAGAGUGAGAAAAACAGAACCAAGAGACCUGACAGAGACCAGGAGGGAGCUGACGACAGAAAAGAGAGCAGGAUGGCGGAGAGUGAGGCUGGAAAAGAGGAACAGGACAGCAUGGAAGAGAGCCCCUCAUCAGUGGGCAGGCAGGAGAAAGAAACAGAGUCCUCUGAUGCAGAGAACACAAGGACAAGGAAGGAGCAAGACUCAGAGAGCGGAAGUGAGGCAGAGGGGGAGAGCUGGUACCCCACAAACAUGGAGGAGCUGGUGACGGUGGACGAGGUCGGGGAGGAAGAAGAUUUUAUCAUGGAACCGGACAUCCCAGAACUGGAAGAAAUUGUACCCAUUGACCAGAAGGACAAAAUCUGUCCAGAAAUUUGUCCCUGUGUGACAACCACCUUAGAGCUGGACUUAGCCCAAGAUUUCACCAAGGAGGGGGUCAAGACCAUAGGUAACGGGGCAACGGAAAUCAGCCUCAAGUCGCCCAAAGAACCACCUUCUGCUUCCACGAGCUGCCCCAGUGACAUGGACGUGGAAAUGCCUGGCCUAAAUCUGGAUGCUGAGCGGAAGCCAGCUGAAUGCGAGACAGGCCUCUCACUGGAGGGUUCAGGUUGCUACGAGCAGCAGGCAAAGGGAGCAGAGAGUUCAGAUGUUUGUCUGGCCCCUAUGCUCGAGCAAAUGUCUUCCCCCAAGCCAGCAGAGGAGAGGGCCUGGCAGCCUGGCCCAUUUCUCGAUGAUGGCAAGGUCGGGGGGACCCCCGAAGACGGGGCUGCUGAAGGCCGCCCCCUGGAGGAGAAAGCCAGCACUCCCACCGAAACUGACCUCCAAAGCCAGGCUUGCCAAGGAGUGUCGACCCAGGAAAACUCCGGGUAUGUGGAAAUGAAAUCACUGGAUGCGAGGUCACCGGAAUACACUGAAGUGGAGCUGAAACAGCCCCUUUCUUUGCCUUCCUGGGAACCAGAGGAUGUCUUCAGUGAACUUAGCAUUCCUCUAGGCGUGGAGUUCGUGGUACCCAGGACUGGCUUUUACUGCAAGCUGUGUGGGCUGUUCUACACAAGCGAGGAGAUGGCAAAGAUGAGCCACUGUCGCAGUGCCGUCCACUAUAGGAACCUACAGAAGUACUUGUCCCAGCUGGCCGAGGAGGGCCUGAAGGAGACCGAGGGGGCAGGCAGCCCAAGGCCCGAGGACAGCGGAAUCGUGCCGCACUUUGAAAGGAAAAAGCUCUGACAUCUCUGCUGCUGCUGGAAGUAGGGCAAGGAGGGCCAGCGGUGGAGGGGCCUUCCUGACCUCCAGGACAGGAACUCAGGCAGCCACGCCACCUGAUGUGUCCUCAGAGUCAUGUGAAGCGCCCCUCGAGCGUCUCCCAGCGCCCUCACCCUGGUGUGUCCAUCUGCUGAGGGGCACCCACUCCCUCCCCGCCCUCGUUUUCCUUCAAACCAUCUUUCGAUUUGCUUCUCUCUCUUCCUCCCCAUCCCCCUCUCCCUCCUUCUGUGCCCAGGGUCAUUGCCUUUUCAUAAAAUCCAACUUCUCAGGGAUUUUCACCAUGUUCAAAUUCUCGAUGGGAUAGGAUGGGCCAAGCCAGGCUGAGUCUUCCAAAGAAAAGAUCUCACGGGGAUUCCAGGGCCGAGAACCGAGUCAGUGAACCCAGAACAGUUUCUCUGCCUGGCAUCCUGGGGUUCACUGAGCCUGGUUUGCUCAGUCUGGACAGUCCUGGAAGGGGGCACCCUACGCAGUUGGUGGGCAGCAGCCAAGAGUUCCUCCAGCUGGGACACCUUUUUGAAAAGCUCUGAUUCUCAUAACUCUUUUGUCCUCUCAAUUCAUGCCUUAAAAUUGAAUGAAUUUUACAGAGGUGAAAAGGAGUCCUUCAUUUUGGAAGCUCUGAUAAGUUCCCCUCAAAUGUACUUCCCUCCCGUUGAUUUCAGGAGAUGCUCCAGUUUGUUCUGCUCUGAAUGUUGAAUUUGGUCUGGAUUCACUUUAAAAGUGGAGACAGAAGCACCUUCCCCUUCUAGCUGAAACAGCAGUCAAUCAAGGCUUCAGUUGAAGGUCGGCCUCCUAGCUGUGCAUGGUUGGCUUGAAAGACACUUAAACAAGGACAUGGCAUCUGUCCUUGACUAGCCCUUGGUCCUGCACUCUGGGCUCCAGCAGCCUCACGGUGGGAUAGUCUCUUAAACGGGGAGACUAUCUUAGAGGGAGGGGAAGCCAAAGAGAGAGAAGGCUGCAAGACUGGGGGGUGGGGGGGCGGCAUUUGAGGGUUGCCAGGUGUUUGUAGGUGGGCCUUUUCCAAUUGCACAGAAGGUCAAGGCCAUGUCAGGGUUGACUGCAGUGCAGACUUUGAUGUUAAAUGUUAUGAAGCACAGAGCCCCUUCCCAUUGGGCUGUGCAAUGCUGAAGGUCAGUCAGUGCCUUCAGGCCCGGGACAGGCUGCAGGGUCUCUAGUCUGAUGUCCAUUGGAAGGGUUUGGGGAAAGGUACUGGGGAAACAAGAUUCAGCUGCAGGCCUGGAGAAAACUCUGAGAAGGUCAGAGGAGAGGCUGGUGCUGCUUGCUCAGGCUGACAUACCCGCCUGGAGGCGGCCACCCUGGCUCAGCCCCUAGAAAGUGGUUCCUGUUAUUUCUCUUCCUGACUACAGGCCGGUAGACAAGGACGAGAUUGUAUUUUUAUUUUAAUGUUUUGCUUUAUUCUUUUUAAUGGUAACUAAGUCCAUACUGUACAUCCUGUCCUCUGCACUAAAGGCAGAAAGGUAGAGGGAGAGGUUAUCUGAAUUUGACACUGACAUUUUAUCAGUGAGGAAACCGAGGUGCAGAAAGGGAGCUAAAAUCGAUCACGUGAUUUUAACAGGCUAAUAGCGUGUAAACUUGGGGCAGGUAGACACCAGCAAGGAGAGAACUGUUGAGAACUUGGGAGAGAGAAGAAUUCGGGCAAGCACCAGAGGCAAACAGACCAGCUUGGUCAGGUGUAGGGAGAGCCUGCAGGUGGCAGAAAACCUGAACUUGGCAUCUGGGCAGCUGAGGGGGCCUCAGCAAGGUUAGUGUCUCAGAGUAGUUUGAAAAUGGUGACCCAGCCAGACCUGGGCCCCUGGCCGAUUCCUCUGGUUUUUUUCCUGCUGAUCUGGAAACCAGCCUUUUCCAUUUCUCAGAAAAACCCUUGACCCUGUGUGUCUUUCUUCCCAGUGGAGGGAAGUCAAGGGUCAGCUCUCUGGGCCUCCUCACUGAACCUUGCUGGGAAAAGCCUACUGCCUCCAUUAGAGGCUAAAACUGCAUUUUCAGAGAGGCUGGGCAUCUUUUCUCCCAUUAAAGUGGAAGCUGACCCUGCCAGCUCAUCCCUCCAGCCGUGUUUCCAUGGAAACCUGGAUGGCUGUUCAAACAGCCGUAUUCCCUAGUAAUGUAAUGGCUCCCUUGCUGAGAGAUUGACCUUCUCCGUAUUUUAAAGCUGGAAAAUGGUCCUGGGAAGGAAAGAGAAUUGGCUGUUUGCAUUCAAUCAGAACCUUCAGUUUAAAAAAAAUAAUCUAAGAUCCUAUUUUUGUGUGUAUAUAUAUUUAUUUUUAUUUAUUUUUAUACAACUCCAUUGGCAUAGUUUCACCCACUCUAUAAUUUGCAUUUUUUAUCCCUACGUGUGUCAUACACAAUGCAGCAUUAAAAGCAACCAGGAAAAUAUUGAUUUAUUUUUUAAAGCUUUUCUUCUGUGUUUGUUAACCAUUUCAAAAUGUCUCCCCCAAAAGGUUCUUGGAGAGCAGCCGCUUUUCAUUCAUAUCCUGGGUUAAUAUGACAAAAGGCCGGUGUACUUUUCUCUUUAUUGUAAACACCUGAAAUAAAGCCUAUCCAGAGUUUAUUCCUGAAGAAUUUGGUAAAUUUGAUGUUGGCGUGAGCAGCAGCCGUUAGUAUCAGGGUUUCCCUUGACAGUCUGAGGCUGUGAUCUGCUGGAUUAUCCUGGAACUGGACCACAGUUUGAUUUUUGAGCUUAUGAGAAAAAGAAAAACAUUAGUUCAUUAAGUUUGAAUUUGUAAAGUAUUGGAAUUUGUUGAGUGUCCUAUAUAUAAGUCGUCACCACUUUUCCUGAUCUGUAUAACUGACCGCAAGUGUUUGUUUUUACAAAAGGAAAAAAAAUGAUUUUUAAUAAAGAGAAUUUGAAAGCUUG